AUGAAUCCGGAAUUUCAUCCUUUUAUGUGUGUUGCACUUUUCAAGUCGGCAUCAAGUGUGUUCUGCGAAUUUGCAGCCAGAGCCGACCUGAAAUUUGGUUGCAAAUCCUGCAUCAUGUCACUCAUCUCCAUCUCAUAUCUGUUUUCUUCCAAUAUGGAUCUGGGGAAGACGAUUUUCGGCGCUUGCGCGGUGCUUUUUUUGAUUUCAGGCAAUAGAGUCUCUCUACUAGUGGCUGCAAUUAUUAUUUAUUUUUUUGCGAAGGAACUCCGGGACGUCAAACCAAAGAAGGCCCUGAAUAUCUAUGAGGUUGACUUCACUCAUACCUAUAAAGUGGAAAAAUCAAAUGGUAAUGUCGGUAGAAAAGUUGUGAGCAGAAGAUCAAAAUCUCCUAAGAUUUUCAAAGGCAGCAAAUCGGAGCCCAACUUCAGCGAAACCUUGCUCACAGCAUCAAGUCUUCAACUUGUGGAGUCUCCAAUAUACAUAUUCUACACCACAUUGACUGGCUCAUCAAAGCGAAUCGCCACUCUUUUACACGAAAAAAUAUGCGCUAUCGAUGGGCGUACUGCCAGCACCAAGUUGCUCUCUCUUGAUGAUGAUGUCGAUGAUUUGGAGGAGUAUUUCAUGAAGACACCCAAGAACGAGUCGCCCAGCAUAUAUUUAAUGGUUCUUCCCUCAUACGAAACAGACUCUCCUAUUGAUUAUUUCUUGGAGCACUUGGAGGACACAUACCAAGACUUCCGUGUGGACAAGUACCCACUUCAAGCCUUAGCUGGGUUUGCAGUGCUCGGUCUAGGUGAUUCAGAGUCUUGGGGCGGAUCUCAAUUCUGCUACCAAGCAAAAUUAGCCGACAAAUGGCUUGCUAAAUUAGGGGGUCGGCGUUUGUUCCCGUUGGGACAGAAUUGCAUGAAGGUAGAUGAGCUGAACAAGGCAAUCGAAUGGAUCGAUAGAUUUUGCGAGCUUCUUGCAGACAAAGAACCUUUCUUUGUUAACGAACAAGUGGAAGAUAGUGAUGCAGAAGAAGAAGAGAUCGAUAUUGCUUCUGAGGUUGUGGAUGUUGAGGAUAUGGGACUGAUUAUAGCGGCCUCUGGAGGAAAGUUCAAGUCCGCAGAGGGUCCAAAGCAGAUGGUUGCUCAAGAUUCACCAACAUACAAAUCCCUUACUAAACAAGGAUAUACCAUUGUUGGCUCUCAUUCAGGAGUCAAGAUAUGUCGUUGGACAAAGAGUGCUAUGCGUGGGAGAGGCUCCUGUUACAAAUUUGCGUUUUAUGGAAUUAGAUCGCACUUGUGCAUGGAAACAACCCCGUCGCUAGCCUGUUCCAACAAAUGUGUCUUCUGCUGGCGGCACGGUACAAACCCAGUUGCAAAGCUGAACUGGAGAUGGGAGGUUGACCCUCCUGAGAUGGUCUUGAAAGGUGCUCUUGAAGGACACUACAAGAAAAUUAAACAGAUGAGAGGUGUGCCAGGUAUCCAGAUGGAUAGAUUUGAGGAAGCUUUUCAGGUGCGUCAUUGUGCUUUGUCACUUGUGGGUGAACCCAUCUUUUAUCCACACAUCAACGAGUUUGUUUCAAUGUUGCACGAGAGACACAUCUCAUCUUUCUUGGUCUGCAAUGCUCAACACCCAGACCAUUUGGCACAGCUUGCUAAGGUCACUCAACUAUACGUCAGUAUUGAUGCUCCGACAAAGACUGACUUGAAGAAAGUCGAUAGACCACUCAAUUCUGACUUCUGGGAAAGACUCAUGUCGUGCUUGGAUAUUCUUAGAACCAAGCAGUCUCAUCAAAGAACCGUCUUCAGGUUGACAUUGGUCAAGGGAUUCAAUAUGGGCGACAUUUCUAGUUAUGCUGACAUGGUGGAGAGAGCGCAGCCUUCCCAGAUCGAGGUCAAAGGAGCCACCUUCUGUGGAUCAUCAAAUGCCAACGGAAAUCCACUCACCAUGCAAAAUAUUCCAUUUUAUGAUGAAUGCAAGUCAUUUGUUGAGCAAUUGGUUGCAGAGCUUCAAUCGAGAGGCCAGAAAUACGAAUUGGCUGCCGAACACGCUCAUUCUUGCUGCAUUUUGAUUGCGCACGAGAAGUUCAAGAUCGAUGGCGAGUGGUACACUCACAUUGAUUACGACCGUUUCUUCGAGCUUCUUGAGUCCAAGCAAGACUUCUGUGACUUGGACUACAUCAAACAGACCCCCUCUUGGGCGGUGUGGGGCUCCGAAGAAGCAGGCUUCAAUCCAGAUGACACAAGAUAUGACAGAAAGGCUGAAAAAUUGAAGAAAAAGUUGGAAAGAGAGCUGCAGGGAGAGACCAUUCAAGUUUAG